UGCUGGGCCUAAAGGUGAUAACAUCUACGAAUGGAGAUCUACUAUCCUAGGUCCCCCAGGUUCUGUAUACGAAGGUGGCGUAUUUUUUCUGGAUAUCACAUUUUCAUCUGAUUAUCCGUUUAAACCACCAAAGGUUACUUUCCGUACUAGAAUCUAUCACUGCAACAUCAACAGUCAGGGAGUCAUCUGUCUGGAUAUCCUGAAAGACAACUGGAGUCCUGCUUUGACUAUUUCAAAGGUUUUGCUGUCUAUUUGCUCCCUCUUGACAGACUGCAAUCCUGCUGAUCCUCUGGUGGGAAGCAUAGCCACUCAGUACCUGACCAACAGAGCAGAACAUGACAGGAUAGCCAGACAGUGGACCAAGAGAUACGCAACAUAAGUGAUGUUGACUACUUGGCGCAGUGUGAAGGUGCGGGGAUGCAGCUUUGCAGUGUGCAACCAAACUUUAUAGCCUUUACAAUACGGACUUCUGUGUAUAUGUUAUACUGAUUCUACUCUCUGCUUUUAUCCUUUUGAAGAUUGGAAUACUGCUUUCUCUCCCUCUUCCCCCUACCCCAACCACCUCCCCAAAAGGUAAAUGCUAUCAAGAGUAGAACUUUGUAGCUGUAGAUUAGUUAUGUUUAAAAUGCCUACUUGCAAGUCUUGCUUCUUUGGGAUAUCAAAAUGUAUUUUGUGAUGUAACUAAGGAUACUGUUCCUGAAGUCAACCAAAUAUAAUAGUGCAUUUUAGCCUAAUUCAUUAUCUGUAUGAAGUUAUUAAAGGUAGCUGUAGAUUACUAGGAAUUACGUCAUUUGUAUUAAGCCCAGAUCUAUUUCCGAUAUGUGGUACAUGCUGUUGUGAAAAAUGUUUAAAACUUUUACCUUUGUCAGUUUGUAAUGAAAAGGAUUUCUUUUAUCCUUGUCCCCUCUCAUCGCCACCCACCUUGUAGCUCAGAGAGCAUCCAGUGUAUCAUCUCAAACACAAUAAACAUGUUCCCCAAGGAA